GCCCCUUCUCCCCAACACAACAAAUGAUAUAUUUUUUAGGGGUGUAAACUGUCAUCAGUAUCUAAUCCUUUAAUAGCUGAAUAUUGAUAUCAGUUUAGGUCACAGGCAACUAUUUUAUCGAUAGCCUAAAGUGGGCCUGGCAUGAUGGGUUGUGCCUAUAACCCAGUUACUCUGGAGGCUGAGGUGGGUGGGUCACUUGAGGCCAGGAGUUCAAGACCAGCCUGAGCUGCAUAGCAAAACCCCAUCUUUAAAAAAUACAGACAAACAGCAAAAAGUAGCACUGGUUUAAAGCAACAUUUGUAAUCUAAAGUGAAAAGUCAAUUUGAAAUAAAAAUCAUCUUCAUAUUUUUACAUUUGACCAGGUCAAAUAGUUAUCAAACUAUUAUAUGCACUGUUGUAACUUCUUUAAAAAUAUAAAUGACCCCUCCAUUAAAUGGAGAAUUAUUUCCUUUUUCUAAAAGUCUUUUCUAAUUCUGAAAAUAAUAUUAGCUUAUUGUAAAAAAUUUAACAUAAAGAAAAGUAAAAAGGAGAUAACUAAGUCUCUCAUAACUCAAUAUUUUAUUUAUACAUUCAUCUUUUUACACAUUGAGAUCAGGCUAUAAAUACCAUUUUUGUCCUGCCUUUUUCUCUGAACACUAUAACAUAAAUCUUUUUCCAUGCUUUAGAAGAAUUCAAAUACCCAAGUAAUUUUUAAAUAAAACUAAAUAACAAUAUAUUUGUUAUUACAUAUUUGAAUUUAUAUAGAAAUGUGAUUUAACUAUAUCAGCAAUGGGAUUAAAAUAUAAAACAAUGAGAUUUUUUAAAAUCUUCUAUUAUUAAUAACUCAAAUGCAGAACAGAUUAAUUCUUUUAAAAAGCCAUUCUUCAAACUUUAGGAUUUCUUAUUCAGUCAGAAUCAUCUGCAUUUCAUCAACUACAUAUCGCAUGGUAUUUACACCUACACAUCACUUUAUUUGCUUUGCCUGACAAAAUGAAAAGUAUUGGGAAUUGUUCAGGGAAAUGUGCCAAAAGAAUCUUAGGGACUCAUGAGUUUUACAUAUUUUCCCAGUUACACUAAUGAAAAGGAAUUUUGUUUGAGAACUUGACUUGGAGUGCAGCUGCAGGGCAUUUGAAUCUCAGUCUCCAUCAGGCCUGCACCCAUUUCUGUGCAGAAGUUUCUAGAAUUUCCCUGAAUUGGUUGGACAGAGCAGCUAAAAAAGCAGCCCAAACUGAUCUGGAAAUAGACUGAAUUUCACAUUAAAGAAAAAUUUGAAUCAUUCACAUCAUUUCAUCUUUUUUUUUGCUGCAGAGGGCCAAAUACCCUAUUGGAUUUUUAAAAAAUGUUUCAACCCUUUAUUUCGGUACAAUGUAAAAAUAAUCUGACUUUUCUAUGAUUUGGCUUUUCUGCCUUGAGUAACUAUUUAAAUAUCUGUGAGAUUUUCUUUUAUUUGUGCUACUUCCAGAACGAAACAGAGGUAUUUGGAAGAAACCACUUCCCACAGGGCCUUUGAACCGUUUACCUAAGUCAAGUGUAAUGAGAAACAUAACCAAAUGCACCAUGGGGUUUAUUGUUAGAUAAUAAAUGGCUUAAAAAGCCCCUAGACCCUAAAGAUGCCUGGGAUGGAUGAUUUAUGUUCAUAUGCCACUUGAGCAUGUAGUUUUGGAGUGCAUGGUGAGGCCCAUGGCUAGUGGCAGUGGUGCUAUUCAGCAAGAUUCUGGGUCUUAAGAAUAGUUCAAAGUUUUACCACUUCUCUCUGGAUAAGCCAUCUUUUUUACCUUUGAGUAAAUUAUAAACUUCUUUUCAGAUUGUGUCCAAAUGGUCACAGGUACUUUGACAAUUUUUACUGUAACUGCCAGUAAAUAAUACUCAUCUUAAAAAAGACAUCAUUCUGGCAGGGCAUGCUGGCUCACGCCUGUAAUGCCAGCCCUUUGGGAGGCCAAGGCGGGCGGAUCAUUUGAGGUCAGGAGUUCGAGACCAGCCUGGCCAACGUGGUGAAACCCUGUUUCUAUUAAAAAUACAAAAAUUAGCUGGGCAUGGUGAUGGGUGCCUGUAAUCCCAGCUACUCGAGAGGGUGAGGCAAGAGAAUUGCUUGAGCCCGGGAGGUGGAGGUUGCAAUGAGCAGAGGUCACACCAUUGCACUCCACCCUGGGCAACAGAGUGAGACUCCAUCUCAAAAAAAAAAAAAAAAAAAAAGGCAUCAUUCCAUUGUCAACCCUUUUUUGCUGUUCUAUGCCCUGAACAGGUGAUGUGAUAGGGGUGCAAAGAGGGUGAGCGUUGUCCUUUACCUCAACAAGUGUGUGGCCUGGUAGGCGAGACAGGCAUGUCAGAAUGCUUAUCAUGAAGCCAUCUGAAAAAUUCUACAAUAAUCAUAUAAUCAAUGCUCUAGAUAUCAGAGAGGGGGUACAGAAAUCUGCCAGAAGUGGAGGAAGGUAAUGAACAAAAAUCACAGUUCCAUCUCUAUGAACUCUAAGCUCCUAUAGAAAAAGAAAUUAGAGGGCUGGGCGUGGUGGCUCAUGCCUGUAAUCCCAGCACUUUGGGAGGCUGAGGUGGGCGGAUCACAAGGUCAGGAGUUGGAGACCAGCCUGGCCAACAUGGUGAAACCCUGUCUCUGCUAAAGAUACAAAAAUUAGCCAGGUGUAGUGACGUGCCUGUGGUCCCAGCUACUCAGGAGUCUGAGGCAGGAGAAUUGCUUGAACCUGGGAGGCAGAGAUUGCAGUGAGCCGAGAUCACGCCACUGCACUCCAGCCUGGGCAACAAGAGCAAAACUCCAUGUGUCUCCAAAAAAAAGAGAAAGGAAGGGAGGAAGGAAGGAAGGAGAGAGAAAGAAAGAAAGAGAAAUUAGAUUACCUUAAGGAAGGAAGGAAGGAAAAGAGAGAAAGAAAGAAAGAGAAAUUAGAUUAUCUUGGUGCUUAUUCUUUUGUAUAUCGCUGUUGAUGAUUUGGAAUCUGAGCUAAAGAUACUGGGGGAAAAACUAAACCAAAUUUUGAUACCAAAUGCAGGAAGGAGGUGAAAUAAGCUUUUUUAUUGUAGCUCUCCUUUUAUUGCUCCCAAUAAAUACUUCCUACUUUGUGAUUUUUCCCGAAUUGUAUUAGUUGGCGGAAAGCUGAGCAGUCCUGUGUUUCUAAUUAAGAAUUGGAUGGUUAGCUGGAGUUUUGAGGAGGUCAUCUCUGGGCGUGUCUGCUUUUGGCUUUCUUGGGCAGCUAUGCUAGCAUAUCCUUGGGAAUGAAAAUGUAAUCCUUCAUGUGACACAGUUUAGGUAAACCACUUAGUCCUUUGCAAACACCAAAUGCUCAGUACAGUAUUUAAAUGACACCAUGUUUAAUGCCACAGUUUCUUUACAGGCUCUUCUAAGAUUGUAACGCCUGUGGGCUUUUAACUGCCCUUAUUGAUGUUGUAUCCAAGAAAACAGAAAGUUAACUCCAAGCAGAAGUAUUAAUAUCUUUGUAUAACUUUCAGUUUUCACGUUGAUCCCACUGCAAAUCUGCUAUUUAGACAGAUGCAGAGGUGACUGAUAAGCCAGGGUCAUGUGGCUUCAGGAGUCUUAGGUUUCUCCAUGCAGCAGUGUCAGGAUAGGCUCACCAGCUCCUGGCCACAGCGGGUACCAGCAACCUCCUUGUUGCUGAAUCCACCGACCACUCUCGGUCCUCAUCCUGCUUCCUGCCUCAGUGGCGUUUGACUUUCCUGUUCUGGAAACAGUCUCAUCCUUGGCCUCCUUCUGAGACUUCCUGUCAUGUUCUGCCUUCUUCUCCAGGGUCCUCUUAUUUUUUUGUAUUUUUAGAGACAGGGUCUCACUGUAUUGCCCAGGCUGGUCUCAAACUCCCUAGCUCAAGCAAUCCUUUUACCUUGGCCUCCCAAAGUGCUAGGAUUACAAGCAUGAACCACUGCACACAGCUGGGUUCUCUUAUUUUAUACUACACCUUCCUGGUUUCCUUUUGGACUCUCUUCUUCUGACAACUCAUUACAAGCAAAUGUGCCUAACUCUUCUGUCCUUAUCCCUUUUCUCACUCGGUGCACUGUCCUUGGGUGAUCUUACCCAUUCCAUGCUUUAAAUGGCUAAUUAUAGUUAUGAUUUCCAUCCAUGGAGAACCUGGUUAAGUCAGAUGGCUGGCUUUGCCUCCCAGCCCUACUGCUUACUAGCUGUGUGACUGUGGGCAAGUUGCUUACACUCUGUGCCUCAGUUUCCUCAUCUAUCAAGUGAGGAUACAAAUAAUUAACCCCAUAAAUAUGAAGCAUAGCACCUCUCCUAUUAACUGCCCCAAUCCACUCUCAGUUUUAUCUGGUUAACAUUUAUUAAUUUGUCAGGUCUCACGUAAGAUGUUACUUCCUACAGGAAACAUUCCCAGAUGUUCAAAUCUAGUUAGAUCCUUUUUCCAUGUACCCUCAUAAUUCAGUCUGACUGCCCUAUUUCCCUGUCUUAGUGUUUGUCACAUUUAUCGUAAUUGCUAAUGUAUUCAGAUCAGCUGGAAGCUCGUGAGGGUAGAGAUGGAGUCUGACUGGAUCAUCAUUUUGUCCCCAGGGUCUAGCUCAAUGCCUGGUACAUAGCAGUACUUGAUAAAUAUUUGCUGAAUGAAUGACUCAUGGAAUUGCAGGGUAUGAUGACGCUUCUAAAGACAUUCUUUCUUUGUGGUUACUAGGUUUUGUAGAUCAGAAAACUCUAUUAGGUUUGUUGUGGUUGAGUAUCCUAGACAACAUGGCUGACAGUAACUCAUGGAAGACCAAAUUGUAAACCCAAAUGACAGCCUUUAAAAUUUUUAACGAUGCUUGAGAGCUAAGCUGGAAGGACGUGAGAUGCUUAUCCCUGCGUAGAAACGCCUGCCAAUGCUUUCUCAUUUGGACCCAGACUCCAGAUCGGGAGCAGUCUUAUAGUUGGAUCUGCUACCAAGAGAAAUUCUAAAGCAAGAAGAGAAAAGCAUUUCAAUCUGGGACAUUUAUUUGCACCUGGAAAUGGGGAAUGGGCUAUCAGACCAGACUUCUAUCCUGUCCAACCUGCCUUCAUUUCAGUCCUUCCACAUUGUUAUUCUGGGUUUGGACUGUGCUGGAAAGACAACUGUCUUAUACAGGCUGCAGUUCAAUGAAUUUGUAAAUACCGUACCUACCAAAGGAUUUAACACUGAAAAGGUAACCUUGGGAAAUUCUAAAACAGUCACUUUUCACUUCUUGGAUGUAGGUGGUCAGGAGAAAUUAAGGCCACUGUGGAAGUCAUAUACCAGGUGCACAGAUGGCAUUGUAUUUGUUGUGGACUCUGUUGAUAUCGAAAGGAUGGAAGAAGCCAAAAUUGAACUUCACAAAAUAACUAGGAUAUCAGAAAAUCAAGGAGUCCCUGUACUUAUAAUUGCUAACAAACAAGACUUGAGGAACUCAUUAUCUCUUUCAGAAAUUGAGAAAUUGUUAGCAAUGGGUGAACUGAGCUCAUCAACUCCUUGGCAUUUGCAGCCUACCUGUGCAAUCCUAGGAGAUGGCCUAAAGGAAGGACUUGAGAAACUACAUGAUAUGAUUAUUAAAAGAAGAAAAAUGUUGCGGCAACAGAAAAAUAAAAGAUGAAUAUCAAUAUCUAUUAUAUCUGUGUGGAGUAGGUUUUCUCUGGUCUGAUUUUGACAAAUAGAAGAGUGUCUACAGCAUGGUUUGCCUGUCUCCCCUCCUGGAUGCUAUUAAAGCUUUGUUUUGUUGAACAAUCAGAUGCCCAACUCUGUUGCCUUGUGGAAGAUGAGUAAAGGCAGUGCUUCUUAAAGUGGUCUCUUCUCCCUACCCCACAAAUCUUUUGGUACUACCAUUUGGGGAAGCCAAGCAAGGAUAGUAAAUUGACCAGAACACAGUUGUGGGAAUUUGGCCUGAAGUUAGUGAAAUAAAACUUUAAAGAGUGAAAGAAAAAA